AUUCUUUCGACCCCGUUGCGUCCGGAAGUCACCCCAAUUUCGUUUCAGCGUUGAAAUACAUUGAGCUUUUUGAUGAUAAAAAUAGAAUCUGGCAAGCGAGAGCGAGAGUAGCAAGCGAGAGUGGCAAGCGAGAGUGGCAAGCGAGAGUGGCAAGCGAGAGUGGCAAGCGAGUGCAACAAGAGUGA